AACCGGAACCGAGGAGAGACGUCGUCGCACACGAUCCGGCACGUGUGCAACGAUGGUCCGCAUAAAAUACAGGUAUCUCCUCUGCGAGGUGUGCGUGUCGGAGCGGAGCGGACUCCAGAUGCUGGCGGAGAGGCCCAUUUACGACGCGCUCAGAGCGGCGCUCGGCAAAGCGCACGGUGCGCACGGCGCCGCGCUCCUCAGCGUCGGCUCUUCGGUGACCUACGUGAACGCGUACACUGGGGUGGUGCUCCUCCGAUUCCGCAAAGCCCACUACCGCUUGCUCUGGUCUGCCCUACCCUUCGUCACCAGCAUCUGGAGCCGCGGGCAGAAAGUGCCGUGUUUCUUCAACUGCGUGCACAUCGGAGGGACCAUUAGAACAUGCCAGAAGUUUCUUGUGCGCUAUAGCAGGCAGCAGCUGUGUCGAAUGCUUCCCCACUGCAAGACCGAGGCUGAAAAACAAGAGGUGCGGAGAGCAGUCCUGAGUUGUUCUCUCAACAAAUUCAGAGAAGAGGAGGAGGACAAUGAUUUUGGAGAAGACGGUGAAGAGACAGAAGCCUAGCCCCAGUUAUCCCACAGAUCAGACAUGUUGAAAGACUUGAUCCAAGUUUUGUUCCUUUUACCAAAAAGCAACUGUCAAGCAAAAUGUCAUCUUACACUCUAUAAAUGGGGAAACAGUUACUACUGUAAAGAUAGUGUCUACUACUUGAAUUUCUUAAACAGUUAAAAAAAAAAAAAGUAAAUUGUUUAAAAUUUGUAAAUUGUAUUACCAUGUAAUAGUUUUAUUAUAGUCUGGUCUAAAUAAUUAAAUAUACAGGUUUCAUUUAUAUACAAGUUUCAUUUAAACUGUAUUCUUUGGUAUUUAACUGUACUUAUUUUUGUGCUAUAGCCUACUGUAUUUAAGUUGAAUGUAUAUUUUACGUGACAGACUGAACGAAGCAUUAUUUUCGCCCUUAUCAACUUUUUUUUUUCUUUGUAUUUUUUUUUUCUCCUGUAUAAAUAAACGUUUGCCUAAGGUGCGUGCAAACAAACGCGAUGAGUCCA